CAUUUUCAGGUUUCCUACAAGCAACUGAGUUGCAACCUUUUGGAUUCAUGAAAUGUUGAAAAGAGGUGAACAUAUUUCCUCUCGAAGAAUGUAGUUGAAGUUCACAUUCACAACCCACAAGAAUGGAGACAAACUCAUGAUUGUUGAUGAAUUCUCUUGCUAUCAUAAAUGGAAUUUUUUGAAUUCUAUAGCAAAGCAGUAAUGUGAUAAUUUCUUCCCUGAAUUUCUUGCAGAAGCUAAGCAAGAAUUUGAUGGCAAUAGCUCAGUUUAGGUGUACAGUGUUCAAGGAUGCAUUGCAAAGAAUUGUGAACUGCACUCAGGAAUGCUAAAUUUUUCCAGGCUUCAAGAGUUUUCCUAGAGUAGCAAACCUCAAAUAUUGAAAAUUCUUUAAGAGAUAAUGGGUUCAUUAGCAAACUAAUGCGAUUGUGCUUCUGCAAAGUUGAAAUCCAGCUGAGCACCAGCUGAUGAUCUUAAUUUUAGUAAAGAUUCUAAAGGUGAAGCCAACAAGAAUGGAUGGUGGUUUUGGAUUCAUCGGGUGUAGACAAGUAUGAAAAUGCCAUCAAUUUAGCAUCACCCUACCCCGCCAAACAGUUGUCAAGUAUUGAUCCAAAAGUCAUCAGCAAAAGCAGAAACAGUUAAAAGUCCUCUCCAACCAAGAAUGAAAUUCUGCUUUCUGAAACUGGCCACUUGUAGCCAAGAAGUCUCUUGUAGUAGGUAGCGCUACUCCUUAUCUCCGAAGCAAAGCAGGAGACCAAAAGAAAGCGGGGAAAGUGACAGAUUCCAAGCAAGGCAAUAUCUCAUCAUUCUUUAAGAGAGUUAAUUUGGGCAGAAUGAAGUUUCUACUUCUCCUGGCUAGCCAUCCCUCUCCAUUAAAUCUCAAUCUUUCUUUUAGUUGGAUGUUAUAUUAAAUCUAAUUCUACUUAAUCUACAACAUGAGGCCUGAUUCACUAUCUUACAGUCUAUAUGAAAUCUGGAGGUGACAGCCUGAUUCACCCCAACUACCAAGGAAAGUUAUUUUUUAUAUUAUGUGUGCUAUCCAAAAGGACAUGAUUCCCAGUCAUCUUGGUUGUUUAAAUCAGGGUCCCUUUUUCUAAGGGUUGUAAAGGGGGCGUUUGGUUUCAUAUGGUUUCAAGGCAUUUGAAAUGUCUUUUUUGUGUCUUAGUUUUGAUCCACUGAAGCUGUUGGACAUCUUAAGGAGCAAAAGAUGGAUGUUCAUAGAUUCAGUGCAGAGAACCAAUUUGAGGCAAUGUCUUGUUUGGUGCAAUCCAUGAUUCCUGAGGAGAAAGAAAAUUUUUUCAUGGAAUUAUUCCCAUGAAGAUCUUCAAUGCUGAGGAGUAUAAUGCAUCAACUGAGGACUAUUGGGAGCCCUUCAUUGUGGAGUCUUAUUCAAACCAUGCAAAAAGUCAUACUGUCUUGAGGCAGCUGGUGAACCUUGAUGCCAAAGCCAAAACUGGCAAAGACCUAGGAAGGAGUUGAUGUGAGGGUGUUUGAGGGCUAUGUCAGCCUAAGAUUGAUGCUAGGUUUUCAGUUUUUUGGUUUUCAGCUGUGGAAACCUGGCAGAUUAGUUAGAAUCCAACAUCAGUCCUUCAGUUCAGACGGUCUUCUUCGUGACUAUGUCCAUUACAGAUCUGUGGAGCUGGGAAUGGAAGCCAGGCAGCCAUGAGAUGCUUCGGUGAGACACAUCCAAUUUAAGAAGCAUCAUAUACUGGGGAGCUGGAUCUAGUUUGCUCAUCAAGAAGUAUAGUUCAUGACAUUUAUAAUAACUAGAGAUCAAAGUUCGGGAUUAGAAUAUAAAAAGGAUCUUUGCAU